GGUCCUAAACAAUCAAGAAUCUAUUAUGAGUUAUUCAUUUAUUUAUUUAUUUAAAGGUAAGCGGAUUAUUUAGAAUUUACUUACUUUUCAUUAUGCGCUUCACACUCAUUUGUUUGCCAACUACCAUCAGAAGUGUUGAGCGUCUUCUCUCUCAAGGUACAUUAGGAGGCGCUGCAGCUCUUUAGUCCGCCGAUAAACCCAAGAAAGAAAGAAAGAAAGAGCUCGCGAUUGAUGUGUUUGUGUAUCCUCAGUGUUUUUCACUCUAAACUCUAAAGAUUUUGUCUGUAACGCUGGAGAACAGCAGCAGAUCCUGCAGACCACACUGAAGAGGUGUUCAGUUAAACUCAUCGACUGCAGGAACCUGAUGAUGGAGAUAAAAACAGAACCCACAGCAGAUGAAUAUGAAGACAAUCAUAAUGAUGCUCAGGAGUUUAUUAUCUCAGACGUGAAGAGUGAAUCAUGUUUUGAUGGAGAAAUAACGUCCUCAACAUCAGAAGAGCGACUGACAGCACAAACUCAAGAGAAGAAACUUCAUUCAGAAGAGCAAAGAGAGACGAAGAAGAAGCCGUUUAACUGUGAACAAUGUGGAAAGGAUUUUGAUUUCUUAUUUCAGCUAAAAGGUCACAUGAGGAACCACAGUGGUGAAAAACCUUUCUACUGCACUCAAUGUGGCAAAUACUACAGCAGCAAACAAAGUCUUGAUGUUCAUCAGAGACUUCACACAGGAGAGAAACCGUAUGAGUGUCCUCACUGUGAGAAGACAUUAAACCAACAAUCCAAUCUGAAUAAACAUGUGUGUUCACACACCAAUGAGAGACCGUAUCAGUGCAGUCAAUGUGGAAAAACCUUCAAACAGUCAUGCUCUUUGAAGUCACACGAAAAAACACACUCUCAGGAGAAACUGUAUCCAUGUUCAUACUGUGAUGAACGUUUUAAUGAUAUAUCUCAUCUGAUAAUCCAUGAGAGAGUUCACACAGAAGAGGAACCUCAUCACUACAGUGUUUGUGGGAAGGGUUUCAAUCAGCGUCAAAGUUUAGUGAGACACCAGAGAACUCAUACAGGUUCUUACAAAUGCUCUCAGUGUGACAAGACGUUUACUCGUUCAAGUCACUUAAAAGUCCACGAGAGAAUUCACACUGGAGAGAAACCUUACGUCUGCUCUUACUGUGGAAAAAGCUUCUCUGAUCCAUCUCAUUUCAGAGUUCAUCAGAGACUUCACACUGGAGAAAAACCUUACGUCUGCUUUCAGUGUGGUAAGAGCUUCUCUAAUUCAGGAACUUUGAUUGUUCAUCAGAGGCUUCACACUGGAGAGAAACCUUACAUCUGCUCUCACUGUGGAAAAAGCUUCUCUGAUCCAUCUCAUUUAAGAGUUCAUCAGAGACUUCACACUGGAGAGAAACCUUGUGUCUGCUCUUUCUGUGGUAAGAGCUUCUCUAAUCCAGGUACCCUGAGUGUUCAUCACAGACUUCACACUGGAGCGAAAUCUCAUCACUGCAUUGUUUGUGGAAAGAGUUUUAAUCAGCGUGAACAUUUAGUGACACACCAGAGAACUCAUACAGGUGAAAAACCUUACAAAUGCUCUCAGUGUGACAAGACGUUUACUCGUUCAAGUUCCUUAAAAAUCCACGAGAGAAUUCACACUGGGGAAAAACCUUACGUCUGUGCUCACUGUGGAAAAAGCUUCUCUAAUCAAUCUCAUUUCAGAGUUCAUCAGAGAGUUCACACUGGACAGUAACCUUACACUCACCGGCCACUUUAUUGGGUACACCUGCCCAACUGUGCGUUAAUGCAAAUUUCUAAUCAGCCAAUAACAUGGCAGCAACUCAAUGCAUUUAGGCAUGUAGACAGGGUCAAGACGAUCUGCUGCAGUUCAAACCGAGUGUCAGAAUGGGAAAGAAAGGUGAUUUAAGUGACUUUGAAUGUGGCAUGGUUGUUGGUGCCAGGCGGGCUGGUCUGAGUAUUUCAGAAACUGCUGAUCUGGGAUUUUCACACACAACCAUCUCAAGGGUUUACAGAGAAUGGACCGAAAAAGAGAAAAUAUCCAGUGAGCGGCAGUUCUGUGGGCGCAAAUGCCUUGUUGAAGCCAGAGGUCAGAGGAGAAUGGCCAGACUGCCUUGAGCUGAUAGAAAGGCAACAGUAACUCAAAUAACCACUCGUUACAACCGAGAUAUAUAGAAGAGCAUCUCUGAACGCACAACACGUCGAACCUUGAGGCGGAUGGGCUACAGCAGCAGAAGACCACACCAGGUGCCACUCCUGACAGCUAAGAACAGGAAACUAAGGCUACAAUUCACACAGGCUCACCAAAAUUGGACAAUAGAAGAUUGGAAAAACGUUGCCUGGUCUGAUGAGUCUUGAUUUCUGCUGCAACAUUCGGAUGGUAGAGUCAGAAUUUGGAGUCAACAACAUGAAAGCAUGGAUCCAUCCUGCCUUGUAUCAAUGGUUUAGGCUGGUGGUGGUGGCGUAAUGGUGUGGGGGAUAUUUUCUUGGCACACUUUGGGCCCAUUAGUACCAAUUGAGCAUCGUGUAUUGUUUCUGACCAUGUCCAUCUCUUUAUGACCACCAUGUACCCAUCCCCUGAUGGCUACUUCCAGCAGGAUAACGCGUCAUGUCAAAAAGUGCGAAUCAUCUCAGACUGGUUUCUUGAACAUGACAAUGAGUUCACUGUACUCAAAUGGCCCCCACAGUCACCAGAUCUCAACCCAAUGGAGCAUCUUUGGGAUGUGGUGGAACGGAAGCUUCGUGCCCUGUAUAUGCAGCCGACAAAUCUGCAGCAACUGCGUGAUGUUAUCAUGUCAAUAUGGACCAAAAUCUCUGAGGAAUGUUUCCAGUACCUUGUUGAAUCUGCCACGAAGGAUUAAGGCAGUUCUGAAGGCAAAAGGGGGUCCAACCCGGUACUAGUAACGUGUACCUAAUAAAGUGGCCGGUGAGUGUAUAUCUGCAGUGUUUGUUGGAAGACUUUUAAUCAGCCUGAACAUUUAGUGACGCACCAGAGAUCUCAUACUGGUGAAAAACCUUAUAAAUGCUCUCAGUGCAAGACCUUUACUACAUCAAGUUCCUUAAAAAUCCAUCAAAGACUUCACACUGGAGAGAAACCUCAUCACUGUAGGGUUUGUGGGAAGAGUUUCAGUCGACAUGACGAAUUAGUAACACACCAGCAAACUCUUACAAGUAAAAGACUUCAUAAAUGAUUUCAGUUUGUUACUGAUACCGGGGUGCCUCAAGGCUCUGUGCUUGGACCACUGCUCUUUUCAAUAUACAAGACAUCCCUGGGUUCCGUCAUUGGAAAACAUGGCUUUUCCUACCACUGUUAUGCGGACGACACUCAACUAGGCUAUGUAUAUUGUGUUGGACUUGAUGAGACUAUUUCCAGCGCACUUAUGUAUACUGCUGUUCUUGUGUUGCUAUAAUUGCUUCUAUUGUUUAUCUCAUUUGUAAGUUGCUUUGGACAAAAGCGUCUGCUAAAUGACUAAUGUAAAUGCAUCAAACUGAAGAACAAACUACACUAAAAUCAUCAUAGCACCUUAAACUCUUUACACACGGAACUGCAUAUAUUCUGCACCAGUGUUUGACAUGAUUUUAUGCAAAAAUAAUUGAUAUAUGACUUUACAUUGACCUUGGUUAUUCGUUGUGUGAAAAGUUUUUCAACUUUGUCGAAUUUCCCCUCUUCCAUCCGACGAAUAAAGAAGUCGACCAAUAAGA